AUGGCUUCGAAAUCUGCAUGGCGAAGUCUGCACCACAGCGCCAAACGUCGCAAUGUCCUCUCCACAGCGCCGUAUCGCUGCUUCUCGUGCUCCCUGCGAUCCGCUCAGAACCCGCCGGGCAGACCCGACGACAGCUCGCGAAUGACGCAUUUCGGCUUCGAGACGAUCCCAGAGGGAGAGAAGGAGUCUAAGGUCGGUGCCGUGUUCAGCUCGGUCGCCAGCUCCUACGACACCAUGAACGACCUGAUGUCGCUUGGCAUCCAUCGUCUUUGGAAAGACCACUUCGUCCGAUCGCUCAACCCCGGCUCACCAUUGGCAUCUCGAAGCGGAGACGCGUCCAGCAAGGGUUGGAAUAUUCUUGACAUUGCAGGCGGAUCUGGCGACAUUGCGUUCCGCCUGCUCGACCACGCAACCAACAUCAACAACGACCGCGAGACCCGCGUCACGGUGGCUGAUAUCAACGCCGAUAUGCUGUCCGAGGGCCGCAAACGAAGCAUCGACACUCCUUACUACAACACCAAGCGCCUCUCAUUCAUGGUCGCCAACGCACAGCACAUGCCGUCGGUCCCAGAUAACUCGGUGGAUUUGUACACGGUCUCCUUUGGCAUCCGCAACUUCACGGACAAGCAGGCGGCUCUGCACGAGGCGUACCGGGUGCUGAAGCCCGGCGGCGUGUUUGCGUGCUUGGAGUUUAGCAAAGUAGACAACACGCUUCUCAACGAGGUGUACAAACGAUGGAGCUUUGGUGCGAUCCCGUUGAUUGGGCAGGUGGUUGCGGGCGAUCGCGCCAGCUACCAGUAUCUCGUCGAAAGCAUUGAGCGUUUCCCCAGCCAGGAAGAGUUCAAGGAGAUGAUCCGCACCGCAGGGUUUAUGAUUCCAGGGCGAGGGUUUGAGAAUCUCUCGCUUGGCAUUGCGGCUAUCCACAAGGGCGUCAAGCCGGUUGACGCGUGA